CGAAAUGCGGUGUCAGAGAAAUAAGUUCGUUACUGCCGAAGAACAAGAACAGUGUUCUUUCAUUGUAGACGGCAAAUCGGCACCUUUACCUUGAACACAUAAAUAAGUUCUUCGCACAACACUUAUCGCUUGUUUCAUUCCCCCCUCCCCAUGUCUAGCCAUCCAGAGAAUGGCACCUCAGCUUCCCGCCCUGAGGAAGCAACGCAAACUACACUUGAUACACCACGCCCAGAUCAAAACAGGCUUUCUAUAGAAGAAAAGUACAGAAAAACGUCAUCUUCAAUAGGCCCUCAUGAACUGGAAGAACAAGAAUUGGCGAAUAAUCCAGAUAGAGAAUUGUUCUAUGCAAUGGCUACUCGGCGACUUAUCUUCCGAAAUGUCCUCAAAGUAAUCGGCAUGAUUAUCAUGGAUGUCGCACUACCUGUCCUUCUAUACUUUGUUCUGAAAGGUCCUCUAGGCAAUCCUGCAUAUGCCCUUUUGAUUGGUGGUGUACCAGCUUUGAUUAUGGUCAUCCUUCGUUUGAUUUACGCAAGAAGCUUGGAUGCCAUUGGGAUUCUAGUGUUCUUGGCAUUCCUGGUCUCUGCCAUUGUUGCCUUUGCUUCAGGAGAUGCCCGUAUUCUUACAUUUGAAAAGUCUAUCGUAACUUUGAUAUUAGGUGUUGGGUUCAUUAUCACUGUACUGCCGAUCAAAUUCAGAUCAGUGCGACUAAAACCAUUCAUGCUACUCGUCAUCAAGCAAUUGAUUCCACUUGGUAAUAUCAACCCAUCUCUUGUUUAUGGUUCAGCUAAUGUGACAUCAGUGGAACCUGUCGACCAACAAUACACAAACACAACCAACGUCAAACCUAUUAACAGCGUACAUCCUGCUGAGCAGGAAUUACCCAAUGAGAAGCCGAAUGGCAAUGCCCCUGACGCCACCCCAGAAGAAAACGAAAUCCAAAGAGAUUCUACAGCUACGAAUAAUUAUGAUCUGGAAACAAACAGACGACCCAAUCGUCGUCGCUCUAGAUUUAACAAAUAUAUCAUAAGGCAGCUGUUUGGAGAUACAACCGGCCCAUCCAUUGACAAGUAUGAUUGGAUGUUUGAACACUCUCACAGAUUCCGAUUCGAUAUCACUUUCCUGACGCUCUGGUGGGGAUUCAUUCUGUUCCUCGAAUUCAUCAUUCGGUUAGCUCUCGUCUUAUCUCCUAUAUCUUUGGAUGAAGUGGUGACAUAUGCCAAUAUUGCAUUUGGAGUGAUUUGCGCGGUUGGAGGCGUGGUCAGCAUCAUAUACCUAUUCUUCCGCUUCAAAAGCACAAAGGCUCAAGUGGAUGAGCGAUUGCGUGAAGCACGUCUUGUAGAUGAAGAAGGUAUGAUGCUCAUCCUAGCCGAAGAAGACUUGGACGUGUAGAAUAGAAAAUUGUAUUAUAUAACUCAGUAUUAAGACUCGUAUAUUCUUUCAAUCACUGUGUACUUGUAGCAUAACUUUAACGUAUCAUCAAUAUCAAAGCAUCGCGAUUUUGUCACCAAAACUCUCAUAUAACGGUUCUUAUUGUAAAGCUGAGCAGUCUCCGUCUGACAGAUGUAUCCCCAUUGCACCAAUCAUUCUCUUCUGAUGGGAACGUAUUCAAUCCGCCAUGACGUCCGUUUGCUGGCUAGCUU